AUGUACUGUUUCUUUUUUCUUCUUUGCAUUUUCUUUCUUGUUUUCAGAAUUUCUUCCAUUUUUUUUUCUUUUUUUUUUUCAUUUGCAGAUUUUCUUCUUUUUCUUUAUUCUUUUUUUCAUUUAGAAACAUUUUUCUUUAUCUUUUUACUUCUACUUUCUUUUCGUUUUUUGUUCUUUUUCAUUUUCAGAUUUCCUUCUUUUUCUUCUUUUUCAUUUUCAGACUUUCUUUUUACUUCUGUUUUUCAUUUUCAAAUUUUCCUUUUUUUCAUUUUCAGAUUUCUUCUUUUUCUUUUUACUUCUGUUUUUUUUCAUUUCCAGAUUUUUUUUUUUAUCUUUUUACUUCUAUUUUCUUGUCUUUCUUUUUCUUACUGUUUUUCAUUUUCAGAUUUUCUUCCUUUUCUUUUUUCUUCAUUUUUCAUUUUCAGACGUUAUUCUUUUUGUUUUCUCUUCUUUUUUCAUUUUCAGACUUUCUUCUUUUUUUAUUUUUAUUUUCUUUUUUUACUUUUUCCUUCUGUUAUUCAAUUUUACAUUUUCUUUUUCUUCUUCUUUCAUUUUCCGACUUCCUUCUUUUUCUUUUUACUCCCGUUUUUCAUUUUCAGAUUUUCUUCUUUUUCUUUUUACAUUUGCUUUUUAUUUUCAGAUAUUCUUCUUUAUUUACUUCCGUUUUUCAUAUAUCAGAUUUCUUCUUUUACUUUUCUUGUCAUUUUUCAUUUUCAGACUUUCUUCUUUUUGUUUUUACUUCUGUUAUUCAUUUUCACAUUUUCUUUUUUUUUUGUUUUCAUUUUUCAUUUUCGGAUUUUCCUCUUGUUUUUUAAUUCUGUUUUUCAUUUUCAAAUUUUCUUCUUUUUCUUUUUCUUUUUCUUUUCUUUUCUUUUCCUUUUUUCUUCUGUUUUUCAUUUUCAGGUUUUCUUCUUUUUGUUUUUCCUUAUUUUUAAAUAUCAACAAUUUUUGUUUUUCAUCUUUUACAAUUGUUCUUUUAUGCGUUUAUUUUUUAAUAAACUUUAG